AACAUGAGAGUGUUCAGUAAAUCACUAUUCAAAGGACAACACUCCCAUUCUUUUUCUAACCUUUUUAAUGAUUCAAUUUUUCUUUUUAACAAUAAAACUUUUACUACUCUUGGAAUGAGAAUAUCCUUCACAACUUUAAUUUUUAAUGCACACCCAUCAUAUCUAGUCUAGACAAAAUUAUCACCCUCUUGGACGGUUGGACCCCACGCCAAUAAGAACAAUAAGAACUCCCAACUCCCCUAUUAUACUUCUGAUUUGUGAACAACCCAUCAAUUCAAACAAAAAAUACAGAAAAACCCAUUAAUUUCAUCUCAAAAAUACACUAUUUUACAUCAAAUUGAUGAAUCACUAAUCAAUAGAAGUACUAUUAUUCUUAGCUUCUUGCAUGGUUGAAUUUGGUUAUAUUACAUCAUUCAACACUAAAAAUGUCAACAAGAACUUAUCAUAUGUAAUAUAAUGUAAGUAGUACCCACUUUCUUUAUUAUAAAAUCUACUUCUAUAAACUGUCCCACCUCCAUUAAUUCUAUUGUAUAGCCAUUUCUUACUUCAUUUUCUGCAUAUUCCUGUUUACUUGUACUCCAUUGAUGCAUUCUUGCUUUUUUGGUCAAAAUCUCAGAGCUUCAAUACCCUUUUUUGGUGUUCUUUAGACCAUCAAGAUUUGUAAUUUUCUUCCAUUUUUUCUGAUUUUCUUCUUUAAUGCUACAAAAAUAUUCACAUAUGGGUUUAAGAAGGGAGAAAAACAAGAAAGGUUGAAACUUUUCAUGUAUUAAUGCCUUCUAAACCUAUUUCUCUUCAUUGAUGGAUUCUUGCUUUUUUGGUGUUCUUUAGACCAUAAAGAUUACCACUUUUCCAUUAUUUCUUCUUUGAUGCAACAUAAAUUAGCACAUAUGAGUUUAAGAAGGGAGAAAAACAGGAAAGAUUAAAUCUUUUCAAGUAAUAAUGCCUUACCCAGAUCAAAAAAUCAGUCAAAGUAUAAGAUCUAAGGUUGUUCUUUUUGCCAUAACAAUUUCAGCUGUAGCAAUUUUCUUGAUGACAAUAAUCUAUAUUCUUUACCAUUUAUGGGACUCUUUUUUUCAUCGUUCAAGAACAAACCCAUUUGACUCAGCAACUCCUACUUUGAAGCUUCAAAAAUUCAGAUAUAAAGAGCUGAAAUCUGCCACAAAUCAAUUCAACCCAGAUAAUUGUAUUGGUAAAGGAGGGUUUGGGACAGUUUAUAGAGGGAUUUUAAGGGAUGGGAAAUCUGUAGCAAUCAAAAAACUUGAUUCUGCAUCUUCAUUACAAGCUGAAAGGGAAUUUCAAAGUGAGCUUACUAUACUUGGUUCAAUUAAAUCACCUCAUAUUGUUUCAUUGUUAGGGUAUUGUAUUGAGAAGAAUAAGAGGGUUUUAGUUUAUGAGUAUAUGCCAAAUAAAAGUUUGCAAGACUUGUUGUUUAGUGAUGGGAAUGUGAAUUUAGGGUUUAUGAAUUGGGAAAGAAGAUUUCAAGUGAUUCAAGAUGUUGUAAUUGCACUUGAGUUUUUGCAUAAUGAAUGUGAUCCUCCUGUUAUCCAUGGUGAUAUUAAGCCUAGUAAUGUGUUACUUGAUUGGGAUUUCAAGGCAAAAAUUUCGGAUUUCGGUUUGUCUAGGAUGAAGGUAGAGGAUGAAAUUGGGAUUGAUAUGUUUAGUCAAGAUUUGGGUAAGAGCCAAGAAUUAUGGAAGAGUCAAGAUUUUUCAGGGAAUUUGAAUGGUGAAAUGACUCCAACUAUUGGAACACCUCCAAUUGAAGGUCAAAAUAUUGGUGGUGAGGUUGAUUUUGCUUUGGCUUUGCAAGCAUCUAGCUCAUAUAAGAAUAGUAAAGGAUUUCAUGGCUUGAACGGGUUGAACUCUGCUAAUUCAUUGAGCUAUAAUUGUAGUAGUAAAGCGAGUCCGAAAGGGAAGGAAGUUUUGGUGGAAGAUAUGGUUGGUUCAUUUGAUCAUGAGCUUGCUAUAGAUGAUGUUGGUGAGGGAAAACCAUGGGGUAAAGAUUGGUGGUGGAAACAGGAUGAUAGUGGUGAAUUAAGUAGCAAAGAUUAUGUCAAUGAAUGGAUUGGAACCCAAAUUUGUGGUUCGAGGAAUCGAGCAUGGGAGAAUUCCAGAUCACCAAUUGAAUCCAACUUGGCCAAUUCACCAAACUUAGAAAAAUUCAAGGAGAAGGAAGGGCUUAGUUGCCUUGACGAAAAGGGGAUGAUCGAGCCUCAGGACAAGAACACCGAGAAGAAAAAACCAAGGAAGAUGUUAGAUUGGUGGAAGGAAGAAAAACAUAUCGAGACGAGCAAAAAGGGAAGUAAACGCGAUAGCCUUGAAAGGAAGAUGAGGAAGACUAUUCGAGUGCCUCAUUUUGGGUUAGGACGACAAUUUUGCUUCCUUAAGAGAAGACGAGAAACAGAGCAAAAUCAGCAAGAUGGUAGCCUAAAACACGAGUUUAGUUUCAAACGAGGUUGGAGAAGAAAAAACUCGCGGUCCAUGGGAAGCGAGUUGAGUGGAGAAUUGUUCAGUCGGGAGUUAAGCAGCACUACGAGCAUGAGAGGAACGUUGUGCUAUAUAGCCCCAGAAUAUGGAGGGUGUGGUUACUUAAUGGAAAAAGGUGAUAUUUACAGUUUAGGUGUUCUGAUUCUUGUUAUAGUUUCUGGUAGAAGGCCUUUACAUGUGCUAAAUUCACCCAUGAAACUAGAGAAAGCAAAUUUGAUUAGUUGGUGUAGACAUUUAGCACAAGCUGGAAAUGUGUUAGAACUUGUAGAUGAAAGGCUCAAAGAUGCAUACAAUAAAGAGCAAGUGACAUUGUGUAUACAUUUAGCCUUGGCUUGUUUGCAGAGAUUGCCUGAACUGAGACCGGAUAUUGGCGACAUUUUAAAGAUUUUACGAGGGGAAAUUGAUCUUCCGACAUUACCAUUCGAGUUUUCUCCGUCUCCACCUUCGAAAUUUUACAGCAGAUCUAGGAGAAAACAUUCAGAAGAGUAAUCUCUUUGUGUUGAUUGAUUGUAUGGGUUACGGUGAAUGUAAAUCACAAAGGUGAAUAAAUGAAAAAAUUAUUAAUCACUCGGAAAUGCUUUCUUUUGAUGAGUUCCCUGUGUGUUGAUAAGUGUAAGCUUGAUCUAGUGAAUGUACACAUUGGAGUUUUCUUUGUUUCCAUUUUUAAGCUUCUGUUUAACUCACAGAGAAAUCCAUGAUACCAUAAUAAGAUAGGUCGACCUCUACAUGUUGAACUAACUCAGGCCACUAAUCUUCUGUGUUUACAACUAAUAAUAUGUUACGAAAUUGAAUAUUAAAAGAGUUUUAUUCAAAUGAUUAGGAUCAUGACUUAGGUAGUCUUGAGCCUAGUUAAGCGUGGACCUAGAUUCUUCUUGGUUUCACUUGAUUCUCCUUGUGUUAUAGACUUAUACUAAUAGUUAUUUGCCAAAUACCACUACGACCAGUGUAAUUUUAAUUAAAAAAUUUCUUGGCUACCUUGAUGGCUAUGCUUGUUCAACUUCAAUCAUCUCAUUUUCGUCAUAAAAUCCAUUUCAAUACAUUACCAUUGGGAGAUGUAGAAUUAAGCGGUAAUGAAAAUUUGUACAUAAAACUUUUUUGUGUUAGUUUCACCAUGGGACGUUAAACUUUUAAUGAAAUUUUACACUAUGAA